UGUAGACAAGUAGCUUGAGUGCAGAGAUACAUAAUUAGGAUUUUGACAUUCCUUCUUUAUUCGUUAUAAGCUAACAGCUUGUAUGACAUCUCAGAUGAAAUCUUUUGAUUUAUUCAUGGGCGGGAUCGCACACAUCCCUGCUCUGACCUUGUUAAAGAAGACCAGUCAGUAGGCUGCACACUAGAAUCAGACACAUACCGAAGGGGAAUCUCAGCAGAUUUGACAUAAGUCAAGUUUUGAGGAAUUAAAAAAAUAACUUGACUAAAUAAAGAGGAACCAUUACUGACACUACAAGAAAUUGUAACGCAGAUCACAUGAAAACAGAAGACGACCUGGUACAACUGGUAUGGAGCAAGUUGUCUGCCUGAAAACUGUGUUGAUCCUGAUUACUGCCCCUUAUCUCCUAUUCAUAAAGGGGGUCAGCUCAGAAAAAAUCUUCCACAGUAGGGAUCAUUCAGACCUUGAGCUGCAAAAUCAUCCACAAGCCGAUGCAAUUCUGAGCCCAGAGGCUGCACAGCAAUACCUUGUGAAAUAUGGAUGGGUGAAACCGGUAAAUUGGGAGGAGCAAGCAUUGGGAGACAUUCCUGAACUUGACCAAGCACCACAAGAUGUUUCUCAGCUCAUAUCAGAAGGCGAAUCAGGAGAACGGACUAUUGUCACGUCUCCUAAUAAAACAGAAAUUAGUCCAAAUUUUUCUGAGUCUUUGAAAAAAUUUCAAGAAGCCAAUGGACUGAAUGCAACUGGAAUCUUGGACACUCCAACUAAGCUGGCCAUGAACAAGCCUCGCUGUGGAGUUCCUGAUAUAAAAGCACCAUCAAAACGUAAAAAUGCAACCUUGAGUUUCUUGGCUACAAGUGAAACUCAUCAUGAUUCUUUACACACUGAAAAUUUGCGAGGGAAGAGAAGUGUUUUAUCCAAAGUGGUUGACCACUUUAGAAGAAAACGGGACAACAAAGAGGCUGUGGAAAAUGAUAAUCCGAUGAGUUUUUUCAAGAGAACACUGAAGUGGAGGCUAAUGGGAGAGGGAUAUAGCAUGCAGUUGACGAUUGAGCAACAGAGAAGAAUACUAAACAUGGCAUUCCGCAUGUGGAGUGAGGUGAUCCCACUUCAGUUCGAAGAGGACCUCACAGGAGAAGACAUAGACAUUAAAGUUGGCUUUGGCACAGGCCAGCACCUUGGUUGCUCCCAAGCAUUUGAUGGUGUUGGACAACAGUUUGCACAUGCUUGGUAUCUGGGAGACAUUCAUUUUGAUGAUGAUGAACAUUUUGUUGGGCCAAGCAGUGAGCAAGGAAUCAGCCUUUUAAAGGUUGCAGUUCAUGAAAUUGGGCAUGCUCUUGGUCUACCCCAUAUUAAUCGCAUUGGAUCAGUGAUGCAGCCAAAUUAUACACCUCAAGGGAAACAUUUUGAACUAGACUGGGAAGACAGAAAAACUGUCCAGAAAAAAUAUGGUGCUUGUGACGGAAGCUUUAGCACUAUUUUUGAUUGGGUGAGGAAGGAACGGAAUUCACGAGGGGAAGUAGUCUACAGGUUCAACACUUACUUCUUCAAGACUGGCUGGUACUGGAUGUAUGAAAACAAAAGCAACAGAACUAGGUUUGGAGACCCCCUUCCCAUCAAGACAGGCUGGAAAGGUCUCCCAGAAAACAACAUUGAUGCCUAUAUUCAUGUCUGGAUUUGGAAUAUUGAUGCACAAUAUUUCUUUAAAGGUACUCAAGUUUGGCGUUAUGACCCUGAGAAAGACAUGGCAUACACUGAAGACUGGAAAAAGAAUAAGUACCCUCAACUUAUUUCAGAUGUCUUUCCAGGAGCCCCAAGUCCUGUGGAUGCAGCUUUCUUUGACAGGAAGGACAAACUGAUAUACUUCUUCAGAGGAAAUAACGUAACAGCCUUCAGUGUAGAGAAGAACAAGGUGAAUGAUAAUUUUCCAAAACGGAUAAUAGACGUCUUCCCACCGGUGGACCCUUCAGACCAUCCAGUUGGAUACAUUGAUGCUGUCUAUUACUCCUACACCUACCAAGCCACAUAUUUUAUCAAAGACAGGUAUUAUUGGAAAAUGGUGAAUGACCAGAACAGACAAGUCAAUGCGUCACUGCCUGUGAAUGGACUAUGGCCGCGGAAGAAGAUAAACUCUAAGUGGUACGAUAUCUGUGAUGUCCACCCAUCUGUUCUUUUCAAUGCGACCUAGGCCAGGAAGCUUUUAUGCUCGGUCUGUAAGCCCACUAGAAAGGAAAAAAUAUCUUGCAACACACUGCUUAUUAUUGCAUUCCAGCCACCUCCAACGCUUCUCUAUGUACCAGAAGAGAUGUUCCCAGGACUGCUUCUAGAGAAUGAGGAGGCCUGGCAGUCAUGGGCAAAUACCUUGUGAUAUGAAAGUGAUAAACACAAAGCCCUGUAGGAAAUGUUUAACCUUAUACAAAGUGUGUAUAUUGCACAGCUUCUGAUUUUCAUACCUUGUUCUGUUCAAUAUCUUCGCGUUAUAUAUAAAAAAAAAAAACUCUGAAUGACUCGCAACUGAGAUGGCACCAUGGAAAGAUUAUGGCUGCAAGAUACUGAAGCUCACAGAAUGUAUAGUAAGACCUUAGAGUGGAAUAUAAAGAACAUAGAAGUUUAUGGUACGUUUCAGUUUGGAUUAGCAUUGCAAGCUUGACAAAUGCCAUGUUAAAGGAGAACAACUAUUAUACAAUAGUCAAUUUACCCUUGUCUCCUUGACACUUCUUUCCCUGCACCCAGGGUUGGCAUAGACAAAGUUAGGGGGCCCACCAUUACAUAGUUUAGGAAAAAAUAUUAGUGGUAGAUGAAAAAACAAAUAAAACAUUUUCUCUCACCACUAAGGAGGGUAAAGGAAGGGGAACUCAGUCAAUGCAUACUGAUUUAGUAGAUAUCACUAUGCAGUUUGCUCCCCCUGGUGGUAGUUUGAGGCAUACAGAGUUGGGAGGCUGUAUAAAGGAUUUAGAGCUUUGUAUCCGAUUCAAAAAUUCUGACCCUAUUUAGAUUCAUAUAUAAAUUAUAGGUGCAUGUUCCUUCCCUUCACCAUUAACCCCUUCACCAUGUUACAUAAUAUAUUAACCAUCUAUAUUAAAUAUAUUAUUUUAUAAUAUUAAAGGGUAGCUAAAUCUUUGAAGAAAACAUGAAGGGACAAACAGUGUUGCUGCCCCUUCAUAUUUUCAUCAAGUUUAGUUACCCAAAGUUUAGUUAGUGAACCACUAAACCCUAGACCUCCAGGGAUAUUAGACAUCAACCCAUAAUUAUCUAAGGUGGCCAGAGAUGGUUAAUAUGAAUUCCUCCCUCUCCCUAGACCACCAGGGAUAUCAGACAUCAACCCAUAACCAUCCCUGGCCACCUUAAAUAAUGAAAUAUUAAUUCUUCCUUCUCCCUAGACCACCAGGGAUAUUUAAGAAAUGUUUUCACUAACCACUAACCCACCUUUGUAAAAAAUAAAUAAUAAUAAUUGUGAUGUAGGGUAUUUUAUAAAGGAGAGUAUAAGGGAUAUAAAGGGAAGGCGAGAGAUUGUGCUGGUAUUGUAUACACCAAUGCACUUACAAGCCCCCUUUAAAAAUACCCUAAUAGAGAUAUUACCUGAAUCCACAUCAAUGCACAUUGCCAAACUGACUUGUACUGACAUUGAUGAAGAUGGUGAUUUGGCUUCAGAUAACCAAAUCUUCUGGAUCACAGGUAAAUGUAAUUUAAAACCUCCUAAAUGGACUUUGUAUCGAACUUGUUGGUGUUCUCCUUUAAUUAUCCGGUUUGUCAGAAAAAUGACGCAAGCAUACAUUUUGCUAGACAGUUUUUUUUUUGUUGGUUCAAAACUUAUAGAAGACUCACCAGAAGAAAAGGCUCUUACUCUACCAUUGUAUGGAGAUAAAUCACCAUCCACAUCUUUAAGCACACAUAUGUACACGUACCUAUAACUGCCAAGAUUAAAGACAAUUAGGAUGUGAACAUUGAUGGUGACUUGGAUCCACAGUGUCCCUAUGACAACAAUGAGACUCAGUAAGUGUUAUCAUAAGGUCAGAGUAGCAGUGUAGCCUAAGGCCUUGGGGCUGUAUUUCUACUGGUAGAUCUUCUUAAUGUAUUGUGUUUUAUUAGGUAGAUGUUCAUCUGACGUGGAACCAUAGCAGUGAUGUGUUUGCUGCUAUGAUUGAGUAGUAGGUGUGUAGAAGACCCCAUAACCUUAACAGUAUAUUUAUUUAACCCUUUUCUUCCCAAAUAUUUAUGUUAUCUUAUAUUUCUGAAAUGUACAAGUAUAUUGCUUGUGUUGGAUCAUCAUAGACUACAUCAAUAUUCUGACAAAGACACGUCAUGCCUUGAACAGUAUGUCCAGCCAGGCUGCAUGUGUUGCUAUUACUAUGCUCACGGUCAUGACAAGACUCUUGUUACAAUCUUAGAUUUAAUAUACUAUACCUUGUUAUAAAAUAUAUGCUUUAAAUCAUGUGAAUAAAAGGUGAU